GUUACUUUUCCAAGACUUGUUUCAAGCUUUGGUGAUGAGCAUGUGGAUGAUCUGGUUUUGCAGGUUCUGGAAACUCCAAUGACCUGGACUCUGUCAAUUGAUGAUGGAACCAGAAUACAUGAGCUGAGCCUUGGGCAAGCCAUGCAGAAAGGCUAUAACUUUCUAGUUGAUGGUCAUGACCUCAUCUUUCAGGUGGCCUUUACUGCCACUGGAGUUUUCUCCUACAAGCACAAUGAUAAGGUGCUCUACACUGUGGCACUCAAACUCAUGUAUGGCCCUCCUGAGCAUAGACUGACACUGGAGUCAAGAAUGCUUUGUGCACCAGGUCCAGCAGUCUGUAAUGCAACACACAUGACUGUUGUCAUCCCAGCCUUCCCAGGGACCCUCAUGGCUGUGGGUGUAGAGGAUAAACCCAUACCCAUGGAUCAGCUUCAGGAAAAUGGAAUCACUCUGGACACAGAGAGAGGAGUCAAGCUACAUAUUAGCAGGGAAGUCCUGAAGUCCAGGCUACGUGGGGAGAGCUGCACAGGACUUCAGCACUACAUGUCCUCUUUGGAACUGGCUUUUCACUUCCAUGGGAAGACUGUGACAAUGGUGAUGCAUCCUGAGUGCCCCUGUGAGCAGUACACACCAAUAGCUGCUGUAUGCACCCAGGAUGGGUAUAUGGACUUUGAAGUCCUUGCUGAUAGUACCACACCACUGCUGGAUUUGGAUACACUGAGGCUCAGAGAUCCUACAUGCCGACCAGUCUUCAGGUCAUCUUUGAAUGACAGGGUUUGGUUUCAUGUCCCACUGAACGGGUGUGGGACCAGGUAUUGGCUUGAUGGGGAGAAGAUUGUUUAUGAGAAUGAGGUGAGGGCACUACAGGCAGACCUUCCACUAAGCAAGAUCUCAAGGGACAGUGAACUCAGGCUAACAGUCCUGUGCUCCUUUAGCAAUGGUGAUGCCUCCCUCACUAUAAAAGUAGACAACCUUCCUCCUCUGGCUUCUUCAGUGAACAAAGGUCCCCUCUCCUUAGUUCUUCUAAGCUACCCAGAGGACUCAUACAGGCAGCCAUACCGUGCUGACCAGUAUCCAAUAGUGAGGUACCUCCGGCAGCCAAUCUUCCUGGAAGUUCAGGUCCUAAACCGCAAUGACCCCAACCUCCACCUGGUACUGGAUGACUGCUGGGCAACAGCCUCACAAGAUCCAAGCUCAGUUCCCCAGUGGAAUAUUGUUGUUGAUGGGUGUGAGUAUGACCUGGACAGCUACAGGACUGUGUUUCAUCCUGUGGGGCAUGGUGUCAGCUAUGCUAACUAUCGCCAAAGGCUGGAAGUGAAGACUUUUGCCUUUGUCUCUGGUGACAAAGUCCUCCCUGGCCUAGUGUACUUUCAUUGUAGUGUUCUGCUCUGUGACCAUUUUCAGCCAGACUCCCCAUUGUGUAUGACAAGAUGCCCAAGGCCAUCUAGAAGCAAAAGAGAGAGUGGGAUGUCAGAUGUGAACUCUGCAGUGGUGAGCUUGCACGGUCCUGUCCUCAUUGUGCCAGAACAAUGGUCUGCAACACAAGGGCACAGCUUCUUGAGCAAGGAGGCAUGGACUGGUAUUACAAUGACUGCUGCUGGUAUUCUCUCUCUGGUGGCCACAAUGCUACUAUUUUUGGCUGUUAUUAAAUGCUUAAAGAGAAGAGCAUACAUGGUAAAUGUGGUCAAUACUCCUGGUCCUCUGAAUAUCUCCUUAUUGUAG